UGAUUGGCGCGCGCUCUUCCUGCACGACAUCUGGAAGGGAGGAGAGACAGAAAAGGAGAGAGAGAGAAACGAAGAGCUAGAACUAAAGGAAGGAUAAGGAGCAGAGAACGAGUGUUACCGACUUCUGAGCUGUAGAUCUCCAGACCUCAAAACAUACAGGCUUGUUAACAUUUCGAGCGACGUCUGCAUCAAGGCCCCUUUCUGCUUCUUCACCGGUCAGACGGAGAACUUCCUCUUCCUCCAUCGGUCAAAAUUCAGGACGAUGCACUGACUGACCGCACCAUGGCCCGAGAGGCUCUGUGGAAACACCCACAAUCCCUGGCUCUCUGACAGAUUUUCAGCACCAGCCUUCGUUGAUUAGCAACAAGACCCUUUCAAGCCAUGAUGUCAGUCUGCGUGCCCUCCCCACAUAGCUCCUCCCCUUCCAUGGAUGCGGCCAACUGCAACGGCCCUACAGUGACUCCACCCACCUCCCUCAGCCUACGCUCCUCCCACAACCAACUGCUUAGUGGCGACGUGGUCAACCAGGGUCAGACCACGCCCCCAAAGUGUCGCAAGAAGUAUGCACUAAUGAGCAUGCAGAGUGCCAUGGGGCUCGGUGACACCGCUGCACCUCCUCCUUCAUCCUCAUCCUCCUCCUCCUCGUCCUCCGUCACAGGUAACUCCACCAAUCUGAAGGUGACGAAGAACGGCGUGAAUCAGCUGCGCAAAGCGGCCGAGCUUCAAGACCAAAACAAAAACACGACAAACGAAGACGAUGUAGGAAACAUCACAACAGACUCGGACCACGAGCUGGAAUUAAGCCUGGACAGCCAAACCGAGCCGGACGACUUUGACCAGCCGGCUGACAAGGACACGAGCGAUUAUCUGAACGAAGAAGCCAAAGACGAAGAUGAAGCCGAGGACUCCAACACAAACCCCUUCGAGGAGGAUUCCGACGAGCUGCUCAUCCUGUCGGAAAAAACGGAUCUCCUCAGGAAGUCCCCGCAGCUCCAGAAGGACAAGAUCUUCCUGGAGUCGCACGGUGACGACCUUUCGCUGGACGAACCCAGGACUCAGGAUUAUGACGUCACGGUUCCGCUGCUGAAAGAGAAAGAUCUCAGUCCUCCGUUAUUGCGGAAACAACGCAGCCCAGAGGACACGCCCCUUCUGUCUGUCGGCUCCUCCUCUGCCUCGUCUUCCCCGGAGACUAAAAAGGACCGGCCUCGAACCGGCGCCAAGACGGACCGCGCACUUCACCGCAUCCAGAACCUUCCACCUAGUGACGAGGAGUCCAGCUGGACCACGCUGUCUCAGGACAGCACCUCACUGGGUUCUCCAGAGGACACGGAUAUCUGGGGAGAGAGGUCAUUCCAGACGGACCCAGACUUGCCCCCAGGAUGGAAGAUGAUGACCGACAUGGCUGGCAUUUAUUACUGGCACAUUCCAACCGGCACCACACAGUGGGAGAGACCCGGACCGUGUCAUCCUGCACCGACCGUCCCUCAACAGGACACACGCAAACACUCACUGGGCUCGCUGUCUCCUUCACCCACUCCUGACCACGAGCCGUCUAAUGCGGAGGUGUUUUUCGGAGCGUCCUGUCGUUCAGACAGCACCACGUCCAACAGCUCCACCGACCCGGUCCCGCUCGCGCCCUCCUCCACGCGUCUUGACCCCGCCCCUCUCCUCAAUUCAAACUCCUCCACUUCCUCCGAUGCGAAUGUUCCUUCCUGUGGGUUUGUCAACAGCUGCUACUUCCCUCGAUCCUCAUCACUGCAGAUCAUGCCAGAGAAAGACAAACACAGCGAGACCCAGCAUCGGCAGGAGGACAAGAAACAUCCCUGGAGUGAUUUUGCAGUGGGAAAGAUUGAUAGUGAGAUCUGGAAGGAUCUGCAGGCUGCCACAGUGAACCCUGACCCCAGCCUAAAGGAGUUUGAAGGAGCCACUCUUCGCUACGCCUCUCUCAAGCUCCGAAACCCUGCUCCUGUGGAGGAAGAAGAUUCCAGCAGCAUUAACAGUGACCCUGAAGCCAAGUGUUUCGCGGUGCGCUCUCUGGGCUGGGUGGAGAUGGCUGAAGAGGACUUGGCUCCCGGGAAAAGCAGCGUCGCCGUUAACAACUGCAUCCGACAGCUCUCCUACUGCAAGAACGACAUCAGAGACACAGUUGGCAUAUGGGGAGAGGGGAAAGAUAUGUACCUGAUCCUGGAGAAUAACAUGCUGAACCUGGUCGACCCAAUGGACCGCAGCGUCCUUCACUCUCAGCCAAUCGCCAGCAUCCGUGUGUGGGGUGUGGGGCGGGACAACGGCAGGGAUUUCGCCUACGUAGCACGUGAUAAAGACACACGGAUAUUAAAAUGUCAUGUUUUCCGCUGUGACACGCCUGCCAAAGCCAUCGCCACCAGCCUGCAUGAAAUCUGCUCCCGGAUCAUGGCGGAGCGUAAGAAUGCCAAAGCUAUGGCCGGAGGAUCUCUGCAGGACCGGAGCCACACGGGACUCGACGUCCCACUGCAGGCAGAGUUCCCCACACCAAAGACAGAGCUGGUUCAGAAGUUUCAGGUGUUAUAUGUUGGCAUGAUGCCAGUGGCCAGACCUAUAGGCAUGGACAUCCUCAACAGCGCGGUGGACAGCCUGAUGACAUCAUCAACCCGAGACAGCUGGAUCCCAGUGAUGCUGAACGUAGCAGACGCGACCGUCACCGUCAUCAAAGAGAAGGCAAUGACAAAUGAGGAAGAGGAAGUCCUGGUGGAGUGCCGCGUGCGUUUCCUGUCCUUCAUGGGCGUGGGGAGAGACGUGCACUCCUUCGCCUUCAUCAUGGACACGGGCAACCAGCACUUCGAGUGCCACGUGUUCUGGUGCGAGCCCAACGCCGGCAGCGUGUCCGAGGCGGUGCAGGCCGCUUGCAUGUUACGAUACCAGAAGUGUCUGGUGGCACGCCCGCCGUCGCAGAAGUCUUGCUCGCAGUGCCCUCCUUCCGACUCAGUGACACGCCGCGUCUCCACCAGCGUCAAGCGUGGCGUCCUGUCCCUCAUCGACACGCUCAAACAGAAAAGACCCGUCACGGAGCUGCCACAAUAAUCACUCUCUCUCUCUCUCUCUCUCUCCCUCUCUCUCUCUCUCUCUCUCUCUCUAGCACAUUUGACUCAGCAUGCGUACACUCACUUCCAUUCAGACACACUCUUCUAUAAACACACCUAGCGUAACGUGGCUCCGCCUCCUCUACGUCAAGUCAGUCACGUGUUAUGUGCUUAUCUGCAUGGGGUGAACUCACCUCUGUCGCAUGAUACAAAACGCCACGCACAUUUUUAGGAGAGGGCUGGAGCGUCCUCGGGUGUGACAGUAGAUAACGAUCAAAACGUGUGUGUGUGUGUGUGUGUGUGUGUGGGCACACAUGAAAAAAGCCAGACAGAUCAAACACUUAACCUCACUAGAGCUUCCUCUGUACAAUCCCAGCUGGCUGUAACGUGUGUGUGUGUGUGUGUGUGUGUGUGCGCUGUACGUUUCUUGCUGCUUCAUCAGAACUAUAGCAUCUUUCGAUGCCUUCAUCCACAAAGCAUGCAGUUUAUCCCUUACUUCCUGUCUCACUGUCUUCAUCCUCAUCAGUGACGAGAUGGACGGAGGAGGACGAGAGAACAGAUUCAACAAAGCUGGACAGAUGAAUUAAAAUAAACAAAAACAAAUACGAGAACGCUGUGACGCUGAGUGUUGCUGUGUAAAUACAGAUCUAAAGCUUUUCAACCAAAAAGACUGGGGGGUUUUUGAACGAGAACGAGGCGGAUUUUUUGUAACUCGGCGUAAAGCUGUAGGGGAACACACACAAAUAAAUAAAUAAAUGAAUAUCCACGCCGGCGGAUCGGCUCGAACCUUUCCGACGCCAGAAAAGGCCAUGGUCCUGUGGAGUGGAGCGGUGGAGUGUCUUUUUAUUUUCUAUAUCCUCAGUGAAGCUCUUUUCUUUUCGAAGCUCGUUUCGUGACUCGAACCCUGUGACAAGCGAGCGGACGCUGACCCGAUGCUGGAGAAGGAUGAAAGAAGGACGCCGAGGAGCUGAGUGUCUGAGCGUUCAGCACCGCACCAUCACAACCCCCUCAUCCUUGUGUCUGAAUUUCAAGCGUUUUUUAAAGGAAAAUUCCUCCCCGAGCCAGACUCCUGCAUUACCCACAAUUCCGUUUGGCUGACGCUUGAUUGAACGUCUGAUCGGAGAGAGAGAGAGCGAUGCGGCGGCGCUUUAGUCUGUCUCAGGGCGGAGUUUUCUUUUAACAUCGGCUUCUCUGUGAUCCUGCAGCACUCUGUAGUCCUCAUCCUCUCAUCCUCCGGGUUCGAGAGGUCACUCGUGUGUGUGUGUGUGUGUACAGUAUAUAUAUAUAUAUAUAUAUAUAUAUAUAUAUAUAUAUAUAUAUAUAUAUAUAUAUAUAUAUAUCACUUUUGCAAAUGCAUAUCACAUCAUAAGCUAUGUUUUUUGUAUUUUUUUAAUUUUAUUUUAAAUAUUAGAAUUUGUUUUUCACGUAUCAGAUUCUUUUAGGGUUUUUUUAAAAAAAAUAAUAAUUAUUAUUUUUAUUAUUAUUUUUAUUAUUAUUAUUAUUAUUUUUAGUAUUAUUUGCCUCCACAUGUCUCGUGAACACGUUCUGGCCGAACUGUAACGAGAGAAAACAAACUGACUGUAAGUGUUGUAGAUAAACCGAUAAUCGAGCGAAAGAAUUUAUUUCAGAGGCGCUAGCCGUUACGAGGCGAGGUCUGUGAGACGCGAGUGUCUAAUCUAUGCACCCUUUUAGCUGCGAGGAACGAUGUAAGGGAGGAAAAAAAUCCAAUCCAAUCAACACGACCUUGCCUCGGGACAAUUUCUGAACACGACGAAGAAGAAGAAGAAGAAGAAGAAGAGGAGGAGGACGUCGGAAUCGAAUAGAAAAGAUAUUUUUUUUAAUUUUUAUUUAUUCUAUUUUCUAACGGUUUUUCAUCGUAAUCUAUCUGUCUAUCCUAUGCUCGGACAUUCUCGUCACCGUGGCUCGCACUAAACAAAUCACUCCAUGAUGAGAAAAGAAAAGAAAAGAAAAGCAAAGAAGAAACCGUGACAUCCACAAUCUUGCACAAGUCGCUGUUUUUAUUUUUAUUUUUUAAUUUUUUUUUAUUUUUUUAAAUAAUUGCUGUAUUUCAGAGAGGGAAUAUUAUGCUCCGAUGCUGAUGAAGUCGCUUUUUAUUUUUAUUUUUAUUUUUAUUUUAUUUUGUUUUUAAUUUGAGCCAUAUUUUUUCCCACUGAUCCGCUCUUAAGAUCUUUUAUUUUAUUUUGUUUUUAAAUAUAUAUAUAUAUAGAUGUUUAACACUUCUUUUAAUGAAGCUAUUCUGCACUUUUUGUACAUCCCCCUCUUUUUUUUAAAAAAUAAAUGAAAUAAAUAAAUAAAUAAAUAAAUACCACGUGAAGCCGUUACAGUGUUACGGACGAGCCGCGUUCCCCUCUCUGGACGACUGAAGGAACAUGGGGAUGUAGUUCGUUGUCUGAUUCCAUAGAGAUAGAAAUUCCUGGUCACUCUCUGUCUCUCUCUCUCUCUCUCUCUCUCUCACACACACACACACACACACACACACUCUCACACUCAUAUAGACACACACAGCCGGUUGCAUUCUUGUGGAAAUAAUGGCUUCUUCUCCUCUACACUACUUUGUACCCCAUACUAAAUGUAAUCUGUUGUGAGAAUAAACGACAUAUCGGAAAAAAUA